CGAGUUGUAGGUGGGGAGAACGCCAAGGAAUGCGAGUUCCCGUUCUUAGCUUAUGUUAACGCUGGCGGCUCUCAGUGUGGUGGAACUAUUAUUGACAACCGACAUAUUGUUACUGCUGCUCAUUGUAUGGUCGGUAAUUCUAUUCGACCAGCCUCGUCAAUAACUAUUGGUGUGGGAUCAUCAUAUAAGAAUAAUCUGAGAAACUACAGAGUUUCCAGGGUAACUGUUCAUCCCAAUUAUCAACCAAAUACAUUCGACUACGAUGUAGCAGUUUUGACCCUCUCCAGUUCUCUGACCAGAAGUCGAUGUAUCCAACCCGCCUGUCUACCAACUCCCAGCCUCCAGCUUCGAACUGAUACUAAAUGUAUGGUCGUAGGAUGGGGAUUAACACAAUAUCCCGGUGGCUAUUCACCUAAUAAUGCCCAGAAAGCUAUGGUACCAAUCGUCAGUAUGAGCCAAUGUAAACAAUCAUAUGGUUCAAAUACCAUCAACGAUCUAAAGAUAUGCGCUGGAUACCUCAGUGGUGAUAAAGAUGCCUGUAAGGGUGACUCCGGUGGACCCUUGUUAUGUGCUGAAGGUUCGUCCUGGACUUUGGCGGGUAUUGUUUCUUUUGGUAAUGGUUGUGCCAAGCCCUAUUAUCCAGGCGUAUAUUCUUACGUACCAAACCUAAAAACAUGGAUAGACUCGAUUACAAGGUCA